AUGGCAUCAACCGUGUUGGAAAUUGUAUGUGAAGCUGAAGAUGGAGAAGUUGUUCAGUGGAAAGCAUUUGAUGGAUCGUUUGUUCGUGCCGAUUCGGUUCUGCUGAUGUAUCGGUCAGCAGAAGGUGGUGAAACGAAAUCAAUCAAAGCACCAGUUAGUGGUGUGGUUACACUUGAACCAAAUAUCAAGAAAGGAAAGAGACUGAAGAAAGGUAUGGUAUUGGCACACAUCGACGAAUGUCGUCAUGCAAUCGUUAUCAAAGAUAUGUGCGGUUCGUGUGGCAAAGAUCUCAGAGAAAAGAAUGGAAUGGCCGGGCAGCUCGUCGAACAAAGUGUCGCGAAUGUCUCGAUGAUACAUCACGUUCCAGAACUUAUCGUAUCCAAUGAGAUAGCGAAGAAAAUUGGCGAUCGUGAUCAGCAAUUGGUACUAGAAUCGAGACGUUUAGUUUUGUUGGUGGAUCUUGAUCAGACGCUCAUCCAUACAACGAAUCAUUAUUUCGACAUGAAAAAUUCAGUUGAUGUGGUUAACUAUAAAUUAAAAGGAACUGACUUCUACACGAAAAUACGUCCAUAUGCUGGUACCUUCUUACGCCGAAUGAAUGAUCUUUACGAAAUGCAUAUUGUCAGCUACGGCGAACGGCAAUAUGCGCAUAAAAUCGCUGAGAUUCUCGAUCCGCUCAAACGAUAUUUUGGACAAAGGAUCAUGUCAAGGGACGAACUCUACAGUGCAAUGUAUAAAACGGGAAAUAUGCAAGCAUUAUUUCCUUGUGGUGAUCAGUUAAUCGUCAUAAUUGAUGACCGACCGGAUGUAUGGCAAUAUUCCGAAGCAUUAAUACAGGUGAAACCGUAUCGUUUUUUCAAAGAGAUUGGCGAUAUUAACGCACCGACAAGUGCUCAACAGCGACUGUGUGGUGAUCAGUUGUAUUCGCAACAAAGUCAAGGGGAAGUGUCGUCGAGAGAGGAACAAACAUUAUCGCUAUUAAACGCCGAAGAAGAUCGUGAUGAGACACUCGAAUACAUCGCUACUGUUCUCACAAAAAUUCAUACAACCUUCUACGAUGAAUACGACAAAUUGACGAAAAAUCGAGUACAGGAUGUGAAGUGUGUAAUCGCGCAUAUAAGACGUCAAGUUUUGCGUGGUUGUUCGAUAGUAUUGAGUGGUAUCGUACCAAUAGGAAUGGACGUGCGCAACACAGAAGCUUUCCAUUUGUGCAUUCAGUUCGGUGCUGCAGUUACUGAAUCAGUUAACGACUCAACGACGCAUGUGAUUGCGGCACGAUGGGGAACUUCAAAAGUUCACGACGCACGAAAGCGCCCGAAUAUUGCAAUUGUGAAUCCGAGAUGGUUAUAUGCAUGUGUUGAGCGAUGGGAAAAGGCUGACGAGAAAGAUUUUGAGUUGACCAAAGAAACGAUGAACAGCAAAGAGAAGCCCCUUGGCGGUCUUUUGAUCGAUCGUCAACUGUCCAAUAUGCCCACGAUAGCCAAGAAGACAGUCAGGAGUAUGACCGAUGAGGUAGAUGAAGUGCUUUCUGAAGAUGACGAGGAUGAUAAAGAUAUGGUUGUGGAAAAUGGAGAAGAUAAGAAAUUUGAGCAAAAUGGAAGGAAGGGUACUUAUGAAAGGUUAGAAAAUAACGAUAUUAGAAAUACGCCAAUGGGUAGUGCUAUGAGGAAACGUGGCAACGAACCUGGCAAGAACUCCGAAGAGAAACGAAAAAGGAAAGAAGAAUCCCCUAUCAAUGGAGAUAGUGAGGAAGAAGUAUUGUCCUCUACAAAUUCAUCCGAUUCUGAAAUGGAUAAUAUGGCCGCGGAUUUGGAAAGUCAUUUCAGAUGA